UAUAAUGGACGUCAAAGCAAAAAAAAAAUUCACAGGAAAAGGUACAAAGACAUCACAAGAGAAAAACAGAUUUUAUAAAAGCAAUGAUUCUGGUUCUUCAAAGACAUUCCCAAGAAAAGUUGUUAAGGAAGAUGGACCUAAAGUCACAUCUAAGAACUUUCAGAAAAGUGCCACAAAACCAGGGAGAAAAGGUGUGAAGCAGUUCAAGAACAAGCAGCAAGGGGAUAAAGUACCAAAGAACAAAUUCCAGCAGGCAAACAAAUUCAGCAAGAAGAGAAAAUUCCAGCCAGACAGCAAAAGCGAUGACUCGGCGACCAAGAAACCCAAAUGGGAUGAUUUCAAAAAAAAGAAGAAAGAAUUGAAGCAAAGCAGACAACUCAGUGAUAGAACCAACUAUGACGUUGUUGUUCGGGCAAAGCAGAUUUGGGAGCUGGUGAGAAGAAAAGAUUGUGACAAAGAAAAAAGAGUGAAGUUGAUGAGUGAUUUGCAGAAGUUGAUUCAAGGAAAAAUUAAAACUAUUGCGUUUGCACAUGAUUCAACGCGUGUGAUCCAGUGUUACAUUCAAUAUGGCAAUGAAGAGCAAAGAAAGCAGGCUUUUGAAGAACUGCAAGAUGAUUUGGUCGAAUUAAGUAAAGCUAAGUAUUCCAGAAAUAUUGUUAAGAAAUUUCUCAUGUAUGGGAGCAAACCACAGAUUGCAGAGAUAAUCAGAAGUUUUAAAGGCCACGUGAGGAAGAUGCUCCGACACGCGGAGGCCUCGGCCAUUGUGGAGUAUGCGUACAAUGACAAGGCCAUUUUGGAGCAGAGGAACAUGUUGACAGAGGAGCUCUAUGGGAACACAUUUCAGCUCUACAAGUCAGCAGAUCACCCAACUCUGGAGAAAGUAUUACAGGUACAGCCAGAGAAACUAGAGCUUAUCAUGGAUGAAAUGAAACAGAUUUUAACUCCAAUGGCCCAAAAAGAAGCUGUGAUUAAGCACUCAUUGGUGCAUAAAGUAUUCUUGGACUUUUUUACCUAUGCACCCCCAAAGCUAAGAUCAGAAAUGAUUGAAGCGAUCCGUGAAGCAGUGGUAUACCUGGCGCACACACAUGAUGGUGCCAGAGUGGCCAUGCACUGCCUGUGGCAUGGCACGCCCAAGGACAGGAAAGUGAUUGUGAAAACAAUGAAGACUUAUGUUGAAAAGGUGGCUAAUGGCCAAUACUCCCACUUGGUUUUACUGGCCGCAUUUGAUUGUAUUGAUGAUACUAAGCUCGUGAAGCAGAUUCUCAUAUCAGAAAUUAUUAGUUCCUUGCCUAACAUAUUAAAUGACAAAUAUGGAAGGAAGGUGCUGUUGUACCUACUAAGCCCCCGAGAUCCUGCACAUAUAGUACGAGAAAUCAUUGAAGUUCUGCAGAAAGGAGAUGGAAAUGCACACAGUAAGAAAGAUACAGAGAUCCGCCGCCGAGAGCUCUUAGAAUCAGUCUCUCCAGCUCUGUUAAGCUACCUGCAAGGUCACGCCCAAGAAAUGGUGCUAGAUAAGUCUGCGUGUGUGUUGGUGCCUUGCAUUCUGGGAGCUGCCAUUGGAGACGUUCAACCUGCCAUGAAUGCCAUCGCCAGCUUGGCAGCAGCAGAGCUGCAUCCUGGUGGCAAGGAUGGAGAGCUUCACAUUGCAGAACAUCCUGCAGGACAUCUUGUGCUGAAGUGGUUAAUAGAGCAAGAUAAAAAGACGAAAGAAAAUGGGAGAGAAGGUUGUUUUGCAAAAAUACUUGUGGAGCAUGUUGGCAUGAAGAACCUGAGGUCCUGGACCAGGGUAAAUCGAGGUGCCAUUAUUCUUUCUAGCCUUCUCCAGAGUUCCAAUCAAGAAGUUGGGAACACAGUCAAAGCUGGACUGAAAAGCCUGAUUCCCACGUUGGAGAAAAACAAGAACACCAGCAAAGGAGUAGAAAUGCUACUUGAAAAACUGUCUGUCUAGAUGGAAACAACUAAUGAGAUGGAAUCAUUGUUUCUCUUCUGAUCUGUUUUCCCAGAGUGGAAAGAAGGCCUAGGGGUCCACCUCACUGGCACUUUGAGUGCUCUGUAUAUUCUUCUUUGUAUAAGAAUUUAUAUAUAAAAUGCUUUCUAAAAAUGCUCUUUUUUACAAAAAUUCCAGCCAUCUUCUUAAGUCAGUCAGUGAGGUGGUGAUGUAUAAGGUAUAAUGGUCAUAUGCAGUGGGGCCAGCCAAACACAUAUAAAGUGCUUGCGUGAGUUAUUCAGGGAAAGACACCUUCUGUGAGCAGUAGUCUGAGAAGGCUUCAUCAGGGGGAGGUGGGACUUGAGAGGACUUCACAGGAAAGCAGGAUGUGGAAACAAAGAGCCGAAGAGAGUUUUUGGUGGGAGCAGUGAGGUGGAACUUAAUGGUUGUGAACUGAACUUCAGGAAGUGUUAGGGCCCUGAUGGAUGCAGGGUGGGAGGAUACCCUGGCAACCAGGGCAGCUGCAUUCCUAGCUGCCUUGUGGAUUGGGUUCCAUGUUAGAUUUUGUUUGAAAGCUACUCGAAAUUAGGGCUAAUAGGGAGAAAUGUGCUAGGUGAAUUAGGGGAAUCACAGUGGGUAGCAGUGUUAAGGUCAAGGUCACGGGAAAUCUGCCUAUCUUUGGAUCUGGGCUUUCCAGGUAAAUAGCUCCUUUUGAUGAGAUUUUCUUCAUUGGGACUGGUUCUAAAGUAGUUGAAGCCUAUAGGGUUUAGUUAGGAAGGAGAUGCUAAUUUGUUAACAGUGCAAAAGUUUUAACUUAAAUUCAAGUAGGAUGUUUGAAUUUUAUAACUGCACUUGGCUUUUAGCAAUAAAACUUGGAAGGUUUGGUAGAUCUUUCAGGCUCAUGUAGCCCUGCCCUGACUACUUUAGAUAUCAAGCCUUGGUGCUUUCUCUAAGUACCUGCUAUAACAUGAGACCCACUGCGGUGUGUCGCUAUAACUACAGUUGCUGGAGAACUGCAGUGCCUUUCCUGACCAGGCUACAGGGUCCCAGGACCACUCCCAACAUUCAAGCUACCAGGACUCCACCUGCUACCUUCUCCUGCCUGGAACAUUGAGCCCUGCCCAAAGAGCAAAGGGGCUGAUAUGUCUGUAAUUCCCUUUGGCAUGGAUUUCCCCCACUCCACCCUAACUCCUGACACCAUAUCCCUGCCACCCAGCCGGGUCUAAAGAUGGAGGUGGGACAGCGGGGUAACUGGGGAUGGGGGCAGGAGGUGAAUCCAAGAGGCAACAUCAGAGCUUACUUUUGUUUGACUAAUACAUUGUGAAUUUGUUUUACAUGUAAAGGGCCCAUUCAGAAAGAGGCGGGGAACCCUACUAUUUCCAUCUAUGAGACUAAAAAAAUAAUAUACAGAAGUUUAAAAAUUAGAGUACUACAAAGCGUAUAAUAAAAGCAGCAAUCCUGCCCUGCCCUACUCCUCACUCCUGUCUGGCCUUCCCAGAAGCAACUACCUCCAAGUCUUUUAGGUCUGCUAAAUUUUUAAAUAUAUAGUUUUUGGUGCGUUUUGUUUUUGUUUUGUUUUGUUGUUUUAUCUCAGUUUAGGUAUUUUCUUUUGACUUCGUAUUAUGGGAAAAUACAGAUUAAGACUUCACCACCACUCCUCCCCCACUUUUUUCUUUCCAUGUUCCCAAUAGAAUUGCAUCAUUUUUGAUAAAGCAGUGUUUAGAGUUUAUAUGGUUAUACUGAUGUAAAUUGUUGAAUACUGAAAUAACUGAUAAACUCUCAUUACAGUUCCUAAACCA